AUUUCUCCAUAAUCUGCCGUUUAUUGAAAACAGAAGAACGCGCGAAAGGCCAAUCGCGUUUGUAGGGUGAUUCUUCAAAUGGGAAAUCCACAAUAUCUGGACUCUUUUGUUGUCCUCCAAGGUUUCAAUUUUUGGUUUUUGGAAUUACCCAAAAUACCGGAGAAGAUACGGAUUCCUCCUGCCCCCAAUUCGAAUUCUUUCCCACUCCCACAUUUCCGAAACAAUCUGAUUAUUUUCCCGGAAUUUCUUGAUUUUUUCCCUUGCAAUGUGACUUGUGCUUAAGGGGAUUCGAUCCCAGAUUUCUGCAUUCGAGGAUCUGGGUAAUGCUCUUCUUCGUGGUCGGGAUCGUUAUAUUGAGGUUUUUGAUGGAAAGAAAUUCCAAUGAAUGAGGGACACAUGCCUAAGGCAAUGGGGUUGGGGAAGAUUAGGUUAGGUCUCAGGACGGGGAUUAUGGGCUGCAUUUGCUCUAAGGGAGCUUUAAUUAAGAAACUAACGAAGAAGCACACUAAAGGGAAGGAUAAAGAAGCAAGGAAAAGGUCACCAUUUCGGGAUACUUGUAAACAUAAUGAUGUAUCAGUGGAGCUUGAGAACGGCACUCAGGAGGCAACUCUACUACUUAUUUCUCCCGAAACUGCUGCGGGUUCCACACCAUCAGACAAGGGGGACAAGAAGCGUGCGGUGCCGAAGAUUAAAAAGCAUCACACAAUGAAUGGGGUUGGGGGUGGGGUGCAACCUCAGAUAAGCAGAGUGUUCAGUGUGAGGGAUGGAAUUGACGGAGCACAAAUUGUUGCAGGGUGGCCAUCUUGGCUUACUGCAGUGGCUGGGGAAGCUAUCAAAGGAUGGGUUCCUCGAAAGGCAGAUUCAUUUGAGAAGUUAGACAAGAUCGGUGAAGGGACAUAUAGUAGUGUGUACAGAGCUCUUGACCUUGAAACCGGACAUAUAGUUGCCUUAAAGAAAGUGCGGUUUGUAAACAUGGACCCAGAGAGUGUUCGGUUUAUGGCAAGGGAAAUUCUCAUUCUCCGUAGGCUUGAUCACCCAAAUGUUAUGAAGCUGGAAGGUCUUGUGACAUCUAGGGUUUCAUGCCAGAUAUAUCUUGUGUUUGAAUAUAUGGAGCAUGACCUUGGUGGUCUUAGAGCAUCACCCGAUAUAAAAUUCGAUGAAUCACAGAUUAAAUGCUACAUGAAACAACUCCUUUGUGGACUUGAACACUGCCAUGGUCGCGGAGUUUUGCACCGUGACAUCAAGGGCUCUAAUCUUUUGGUUGACAAUAAUGGGAAUCUCAAGAUAGGUGACUUUGGACUUGCAACAUUUUUCCGUACCAACCAAACACAGCCGCUAACGAGUCGUGUAGUCACGUUGUGGUAUCGGCCUCCAGAGCUUUUGCUUGGUGCCACUGAUUAUGGAGUAGCUGUGGAUUUGUGGAGCACUGGUUGCAUCCUUGCUGAACUGUACACCGGAAAACCUAUCAUGCCUGGAAGGACCGAGGUUGAACAGCUUCACAAAAUCUUUAAGCUUUGUGGCUCACCAUCUGAUCAAUACUGGAAGAAUUCAAAAUUGCAGAAUGCAACAAUUUUUAAACCUCAGCAGCCAUAUGAACGCCGUAUUGCUGAGACCUUCAAGGAGCUGUCUCCUUCAGCUUUAUCAAUUCUGGAUUGUCUUCUAGCUUUAGAACCUGAGCGCCGGGGAACUGCAAAAUCUGCGCUUCAAAGUGAGUUCUUCACAACAAUGCCUCUUCCAUGUGAUCCAUCAUCAUUGCCCAAGUACCCACCAUGUAAGGAAUUUGAUGCCAAGGUGCGGGAACAGGCACUUAGAAGGCAAACCGGUGGUGGGAGUAAAGAUCCUGAAGCUGUUCCGGCACCUAGUGAUCUCACCAAGUUGCAAACAGCUUUAAAGAAAUGGCAAGGACAGUUAAACUUCAAGAAACGUGGAGGUGGGUUGACUGAGGUUGAUUCUUCAAGACGUGGAGGAGGUUCGGUGCUAAGAAGGUCUGCAUCCUUCAGAGCCCGGGGGUCAACAGCCCAGAUAUCAAUGUUCUGUAAUUCUGCAGCUCCCAAUGGCAGCGCGAGUUUGGAUUUCAAUAGGGACUCAAGUGUCCAUUCAAACUGGCACAGGCUUGCUUCAAAAUAUAAUCGAAUAACAGACGCCAUGUCUGUUCAUCUGGGGAGAUCAAAUCACUCCCAGAAGGAAGAGCAACCGACUAGGAAGGAUUCUAUGAUGGGCUAUGUACCGAAGAAUGGAAACAUACACUACUCUGGGCCUUUGAUUCCAGCAGGGGGGAACAUAGACGAAAUGCUGAAGGAGCACGAGAAGCAGAUCCAAAAUGCUGUACGCAAAGCCCGUCUCGACAAAACCAGCAAGGGCCAAAAAGUUUACAGUGACUAUGGACACUCGGAAUCCCUCUUGCAGUAUGGGGGCAAUGGACGGUAACUAUCAAUGUAACUUUCAGAAAGAGAACAAAGUGCAGCAAUGUACAAAAAAGGAUGAAUAAAGAUGACACGUUUUAUUACCAGCUUGUACAAAAGUAAUUUUGUACAUCAUAUUUUUGUUGCACACAAUAUUCUUGUUCAAUUUUUACAUGGUCAAUCCUUCUCUGUAUGUAAAAAGCUACUCCAUAUUAAAAAGGGGGGUUAUCAUUCUUGCAAUUGUAUAGGAAGUUGAUACUGUUUGAUGUAUUCUUAGAGCCAGCCAGAUUCAGAUAGUAUUUUUAUAUUUCAGGGUAAAUGGUUCUUGGAGAUUUUCCUCAUUCAAAUCUGGUAUAUAUGAAAAUGUUGUACAUUCUUGAAUGUAUAUAUUUGCAAUACUAUGUUUUAAGGUC